UCUCUUUCCCUUGCGGAAAGAGCAAGGCCUUGCUCUUUCCUAUAUGUUAAAACGCGCUUUAGCUUUAGCCUAUUUCGUAUAGGUGGUGUAUGGGCGCUUCCGUACUAGUUUGAGGUUUCCAUCUGGAAGUCUGAACCGAAUCAGAAAUUCGGAACGACGCUAACGGUCUGCUAACGGAUAAUUUUAAAACUUAUAAUAAAAAUCCUAUAGCAUUGUUGAAUUGAAUUUUUAUCAAUAAUAAUUAACGAAUUGACGCCAUAAAACAGCAAAAUUAAUAAAAUAUAAGAGCAUAAAAGGUCACAUGAUCAAAACGACGAAAUAUAAUGAAUUAAACAUUUGAUUUUAACAGUAUGCUUUGUUAGAAUUUCACAAUAUUAUUCAAAAAACCAAUAAGCAUCAUAAACAAGAAAUGUUUUUCAAAAUAUCCUAUUUUCUCCAAAGGAUUACAUUUUAUAAAUAACUUUAAAUGUACUUGUAAUGAAAAAUGUUGUAUACAUAAUAAAAGUUUGUUUUGAGUCAAUUUGUUAGAUUUGGUUAAAUUAUGAAACAAAGGUUAAUAUAAUAUAUGCAAUUAAAUGAUGUAAAAUAAAUAGAUUUAAAAUAAAAAUGUUUCAUGAUAUUUAUGAAGAAAACAUUCAUAGUAGAUCUUAUGAUCUAAUCAACAAAAGUAAAAAAAGUUCUAUGGAAAGUUAUGACAGUGGUUAUCUCAGCAUAACUCCUUCUAAUAGUCAUGGAUCAUCUUAUCAUUCUAACCUACCUCUUUAUUUCACUAAGAAAUCCUAUAAAACAAAGUAUGAUUCUUACAAAUUCAAACAUAGAGAAACUUUUAAUGCAUGUGAUGCAUAUUUGUUAAGCAGUACUCCAAAAAGUUCAACAAUCAAUUAUUCAUACAGUCAAAUAUCUGGAUAUAAAUCACCCAGUCAGUGCCAACAAAACUCUUUUAAAAUGGAACUGAGAAGUCAGAAAAAGAGUCGAAUGAAACCCUUGGAAUUUUCAACUUGUUCUCGUGAAUCCUUAGAUAAUGAUAAUGUGAAGCUACUUGUGCCACAAAGUACACCAAAUUUUUUUAAUUCACCGAUAUUGCCUUCUUCUAUUUAUAAGAUUGCUUUUUCUCCUAUUACUUACAAAAAUAAACCUGGAAUGAAUAGUAUAAACAGCAAAAAGUUUUGUAAAUUAUCAAUAUCUGAAAGUAUUUUCACAUCAAAAAAAAACAGACCUAAAAGACUUGAUUUCAGUAAACGUGCUAUUUUAUCAAGUUUUCAAAAGCAGAGAGUAACACCUGAUUAUACUGGUAAAGAAACUGUUGACAUUUUUAAACUUCUUGCAGAAAAAAGCAAUCAUCCAAGAAUAAUUACUAAAAUUUUAAGUUAUCUUAAUUUACAAGAUUUGUGUUCUGUUACUAUGGUGUCAAAAUCUUGGCAAAGGAUUUGUAGUAAUGAUAUUAAAGCUGAAGAGAGAAGACUGAAAUAUAUAACACUUAAACAGUGUUCUAAGGAAAACAUAAUAUUAUUAAGUAAAUCCAAACUUGAAGAUUUGGUGCAACUGACUCCUAAAGCUCGAUAUUCAAGGAAAGGAUUUCUUACUGCUGUAUCUACAAAUUUACUUCAAGUUCCUAAAAUGCAUUUUGAACCAGAUAGUCCACCAGUUUCACCUAGCAAAGUGAUAUUUAAUUCUUUUAUUAAGGCUAGUCGAAGUUUGCCACUUCGUGAUCAGUUGGUUCCAUGUCCUCAGUGCAAAUUUGCUUGCCGUGUGAAACACGAUAAUAAUACAGGAUUAUGUUCACGACAAGGAUGCCCGAUGUUAGAAUUUUGCAUCCUUUGUUCAUCAGAACUACAUCUUGGAAAACCUUGUAAAAUGCCACUCCUUGCAACACCGACCAAGCGUAGCAUAAAGCAACAACCUGUUGUUGGUACUAAGCAAUGUAAAAAAAAUCUUCGUCGAAUAUCUCGGCUUGUUUAAUAUGCUAUAUUAUAAGAUAUGAAUUUAUGUACAUCAGUAUAAAGUUUAAAACCUUUUUAAAUAAUAUAAAUAAAAUAUGUAAAGUUUUAUAAAUCGUAUGUUGUGCAACUAUCUAUUUUACAUUCGAAUGAUCAGUUUUGGAAUAAUGACAUACUACAUUAUGCUACAAGAGAGUAAAAUCGUAGAUUAUGUUGUCCAAUGGGUUAACAGCUCAAGCAAAGCGAGAGCAGGAAUCACUUGAGGAUAUUAUCGAUAUUAUUCUCGUAUCGCAUAUGAAACUUUGUUCAUGACUUAACUUGUAGCCAUUUUGUUUACUUGAAAAGUAUAAGACCUACUCAUUAUUCAUACUCAAAUUAAAAAUUUUAUUGUUUCAAAUUCCUAAAAUAGUCUUUUUCUAGUGCAAAUGCAGAAGAAAUUUUAAUUUUUUCAUAAUAAUAAGCUACUAGUUGAAAAUACGUGCUUCUCAUUUUCGUUCUCGUGUGUGGUUUACUAUUUUUCGUAACAGCUGGCCAAAAUCACCACAUUUCAUUUCUUAGGUCCGAUGUUACGAAAGUCUUUUAUGUACCAAAACUACAUUGGUUUUACCUAGAAUACAGAAAAAACUACUCUCAAGAGAAAGUAAUAUAGUACUCUCUGAGGGAGAGAAAGUGGCUAUUUAAGUUGAGUCGUAAAUAAAAUACUUUUUGAACUAUAAGUAUAAGAUUAUAAAUGUAUACAUUAAUAAUUUGUACCUGAUUUUAUAUUAAAAAUUAUUCUUAAAAUGUUCUUAAUACAUUAAUUAUACGAAAAACCAGCAUCAAAUUAUAAAAAUAUAAAAUUAUGCAGUGAUAUCUUAA